GCCGGAGCGCGCAAGGGUUUCAAGGACGUCCAUCCCACCGGAUCGGCCGUCGUUCGGCUGCUCACAUCGGCGUCACGCGUCGGGGCGAACGGAACGUUUUGGCUGGGACUCGCAUUAGCAGCAGCCGCAGCAACUCUCGCAAGCCGGCCAAGGCAGCAAAAACAGAAGCAUGGCGGCCCAGCUAGUAUCAGCAGAGACGGUGGAAGGAGUGUUCAGCAUGAUUUCGGUGUACUUGAAUGAAGAGUUGGUCAACCAGAUCGGUGGCGUCUUCGUUUUCGAUGUCAAAGGUGAGCCUAACAAGUGGUACGUCGACCUCAAGAAUGGCAAGGGCUCCGUAGGCAAGGGAGACCCACCUCAGGGGAAGCCUGAUGUGACCUUUGUCAUGGAGAAAGACACCUUCGUCAAGAUGUUCACGGGAAAGCUGAAUCCGACGAGCGCCUUCAUGGGUGGCAAGCUGUCGCUCAAGGGUGACCUGCCCAUGGCUAUGAGGCUUGACAAGCUCAUGGGAGAAAUGCGUUCCAAACUUUGAUUCUGGCCGGCGCAGAAACGCAGCAAUUUGGACACUGUUUGUGCUGUGUGUUGACCACGAUACAGGUGUGACGUAAACAAAGCAAAAAUGCAGGACACUUGAAACAGUGGCAUGAACUAUAUAAAAGUGUGACGCAGCCUAUGCAUCUGAGGUACAGCCAUAUUUCUUAUGGAAAUUACAUGCACGCAGUAGACCGACGUAAGAGAUUGAAGCACAGUUACGAUUUUUCAUCCUUGCAUUGAGUAUGCUUUAUCCAUCAACCGUGGAAACAUAUAAUUCAGCCUUGAUCAAUGAAAACUGUGAACCAUCACAGAUCUGUUUGGAAAGCUAAGAUAUCUCGUUAUCCCAUGAGAGUUGCAGAGUGCCAGAGCUUAUGAUGCGUGGGACCAUCCCUUAUACCAGCAGAAUAAAGCAGCAGUACCAGGUAACAAAGAAACGAAAGCUAUGAGUCCUUAAUGGUCAUCAAUUAAGCAGCCAGGCAAUGAUGGUUGUCAUGAUGACAGUGUCAAUAGAGUGAGCUUGUUAGAAUAGUUCUGCCAGUGCACCUGUUAUAAAAUUAGUUGAAGUUGCACAUAGUGCAGGAAAACAACAUGAAAAAUGGGAAUGGCAACACUACAGGGUUCUUGAAAGGCAGUAAUUUCAAUCAAUCUUGACUUGUGCUGCCAGAGGGUCCAAAAUAAAUGCAAACAAGUAUGCCAUAAACAGUGGAAGCCAUUAUUGCAACAUUGAUAGAAGCAUGCCAUAUGCGAGAUCACACAAACGGCAUUGCUUGUCAUAAAUAUUUUUAUUUGUUAUUUGUUAUUCUACAUUUUUAUGAACGACAUUUCAGAUCAAGCUAUUAUAAUGUGAAGCCACACAAUGUCAGUGAAGGACAUGCUAGUCUAUAUGAUUGAUACUUUUAUUAUGAACACAGUUAGAUGACAAGUCUGUGACCUAACAAGCAUUUUCUUGUGACAUGGUUACAUAUUGAAGCCACAUCACAGUUACUGAAUGUCUUACAAUACAAACAAGAAAUGUAAUGACAGCUUUGUGCAAUGCUGACAAGUGUGCGAACAUAUUGCAGCUAAAUCACAGUUUCUGAAUACCUUUUAAUAAAAAGAGACUUAAAAACAA